AUGCCUAUCCUCCCUCAUAACACCACGAGUCUCUUGCCAGAUAUAUCUAAUGCUUGCAAUGACCUACGCAAUUGUCAAACUAUGUGGAGUAUCAUCUAUACCUGUCUGCUCAUGAUUAUUGCGUGCGUUUGGACGGCCGUACACCCAGAUAUACCAAAGCCCGGCCAUUCCCUGUUGCCUGGAGUGUCCCGUGGCCCCUUGAUGAUACUUUCACUGGUUGCACCGGAGGUGCUUCUGGGGGAGCGUUGGGAGAUCUCCUGGACGCUCGGAGAAUUAAUAUCAAAAGGAUGCAGGAUGAUCGAAGGGUGGACGGCUACGCAUUCAUUCUUUGUCAUCAUGCAUGGCUUCUUCGACCCAUCCAGAGGAGCAGUGAUUCCCAAGAGGAACGAAGAUCCCUUGGACGUCCUCGGGCAAUACCCUGGCAUAAUUGUGGAGUCUGGGAAUGCUAGGAAGGCCGCAGUAACAAAGGAGGAAAUUCUUGACAAAAGCAAAGGGGACUGGUUUACGAAAUUUAUCGUUAUCCUUCAACUAUUAUGGUUUAUCGUUCAUUACAUUGAACGAUGGACAGGCAGUUUGCAUCGGUCGCAACUCGAGACAAUGACAUUGGCAUAUGCGACACUAAGUGUCAUCGAUUACAUAUUGUGGUGGCAUAAACCCACUCUGAUCCAACUCCCGAUCCGUGUGACGAAAGAUUCCAGCUGUUCUGGUCCUCCGGAUGUCAAUGCCAAUCAGCCAGCGCCCAGUGUGGAGAAUGGGGCAGUUCUGAAUCUCACUCUAGCGGAGGUCGUUGGAUAUGGCCCUGUUUGGGCUACACUGUGGGAAGUAAACUGUUGUAAAAAAUCACAAUACUUGUAG